GAUGAAUUCCACCAUCACCAGCUCCCAGGACGUCCUAGAGCCGGUCUACGAAGACCCGGAUGCGCCAAAGCCUGCUGUUCCAGAUGGAAGCCAGUCAGAGGUCGAAGCCAAGCCUGUACCUCCUCCCAGGUCCAGACAAUCCCAGUCCCAGUGUAACGAUAACGUUUACUCUGCAGACACAACUAGCAAUACAACCAAUGCAGUGAAUUCCCAACUCGGUGAAUAUCCUGCAGACUAUAAGACACCUCGCCCUGUUCGUCCUCCUCCCAGACCACCACUGAGCAAAUGUAUGACCACCAUUAAACUCAAAGCAGCUGUCGAUGAAGACUAUCACUGUAUAAGUUCAAACUCUGAGCCAACUCCUCCAGCUGUUACUCCUGAGAAAAUACAAUCUCCUCCUCCGCCGCCGCGGCCUAAAUGCCGCCCUUCUCCCUCCAGCUUUUAUGGACCACAUUCUACAAAUGGUCUAACAUCUGAGAGCUACACUGAUGAGAGUCAGCAAUCCAGCCAUUACUACGUCAGCUUUAUGCGAGAAUCUCCUGCCUCAGCUGCUUCUGGAGAACAGGUGAACCCCUGCGGGACUUUUAAUCCAACAGCCACAGACAGCACUGACAGACCUGCAGCCCCGCCUCGAUUCAGGAAGUACCCCCUACCCUGCUCUGUCUCCUUGUGUGAAACGUCGCCUUUACAGUCCACAGACAGCACUGACAGACCUGCAGUUCCGCUUCGGCUCAGGCAGUCCUCCCUCCCCUGCUCUGUCUCCUUGUGUGAAACGUCGCCUUUACAGACCAAACCUCCACCGCCUUCAUUCAGCCCGCCAUCCCCACCUUCAAAAGGGAAAGCAUUGGAGUCAGUGUACAGUGAGAUCCAGUAUCCUCCCUACCUGGACGUACUGCCAGAGGAUGUAGAUAAGAGGACAAAAGAGAGGCCAGCAGUGCGCUACCAGAAUGACCGCUGCUCCCCUCAUCAACAGACCCCCAAGGAUAAAGAGGACCUCAUUGGGAUGUUGAGAUGGUUGAUACGAGUGUCAAAAUCUGAUUCCAUGGCGCCGUCAUUGUAUGGCCUCACUAUAGAGGAAGAAAUAAGGUCAUUUAAUCAGAGGGCGAUAAAUGUGAGAAAGGCUCUGCGUCUCUACAACCUUCUCAUGAUGAAGCGCAACGAAAGCCUGCGGACCAUCAUCGGUGAGUUCAGCUCCAUCUCCGACGGCCUGGACAAGAUAAAGAAGACGGCCAAAACCAUGGGCAUCGCUGGAGGCACCACAGGUGCUGUUGGAGGGGUGACUGCAGUCUUGGGUAUCGCCUUCGCUCCUGUCACCUUUGGUACCUCACUUAUUGCUACAGCUGUUGGUGCUGGUAUGGUGGCGUCCGCUGGGGGUAUGGGCGCCCACAGUGCUAAAGUCAACAAGAAGAUUGUGAAUAAGAUGACAGUUGAGAAACUAGUAUAUGAAUAUAAGGGAAAUGUUGUAGAGCUGGAACAUUGUCUGGGGUUUAUCCUCUCUGGGAUGAAUGAGCUGCGAAGGCACGACAUUGCCAGGUUACAGAGGGCAGGAGCCCAGCCUGAUGCACUGAAGAUGGCACAUCUGUCACAGUCAGUGUUUAACGUGAACAAUGAUAGGAAGACAUCCAAUGCACACACAGGCGGGAUGUCCUCCGAGAGGCUGCUCCAGGACUUUGUCAAGGAAAUGGAUCAGUAUUUUACAGAAAAGGAUGAUCAGAAGCUGAAGAAGUCAAACAGGAGCAGGUUUUCUGGUAGAGUUCGCCUGCUGGCAAAAAAUCUAGCAGAUGAGCUAGAUCAUCUGAAUCGUAUGUGGGAAAUGUUUAGUUGAAUCAAAGGUGUGUGUCUGUGUGUGUCUUUGUGUGUGUGUCUUUAUUUACCACUUGUAUUUUAAUAAACAUUGAAUAUUUGUUA